UCGCCGACACAACGGAGCGGAACCACAUCGUCUUCUCCAGAUUUCUAUCCUCUUUUAAAGACCCGCCAAGUUAAGCAAGCAACCAACCUCAACCGAACUCGAUCUUUAGGGGGACGACGAAACCCUAACCCUAAUCCCGCCAAUUUAUAGACUCUCUUCUGUCUCUCGUUCACCGUCUCAUUCCCAUCCGUCCUUUCUCUCUCUAGAUCUCUCCCUCCCCCCCCCCGACCCUUCUCUCUCUCUCUCUUUCUCUCUUACCCCUUCUGGAUCAGUUGGUGGAUCCCCAACUCGUUGUGAAUGGUGGAAAUCUCGAGCAGCAGUAGCAGUUUCAUGCUCUCCCUUUUCCGAUCAAGGGCGAGCGCUCUCGUUUUCGCGUUCGGUUCUUGCAAGGAGGGCUGGUACUAUCGCUGCCUCGGCGUCGACCCUUGAACACCCCCAACACCCCCACCCCAAACACCCGAUUCCCCGAUAUCGCUUCCUGAUUUUUGCCUCCUCUCUCCCACCCUUCUCCCUCUCUAUAUCUCUCCGUGUCUCUCGCUCUUGAUCUCUCUUUCUUUUCCUUCCCUCCUCGGGAUUAUUGGUUAAUUCUUGUUUUGGUUUCUUCGAUACCGUUUGGAUUCGGGUGUCUAUUUCGGUUUUCCGGGUCGCGAUGGGGCUCUACAAGCAGAAGAAGAAUCAGAGCGCCAAGGGCAAUAGGCUCCUGAUCAGCAUCAACGUGCUGGGGAGCGCUGGCCCGAUCCGGUUCGUGGUGGGCGAGGAGGAGCUUGUUGCCGCGGUCAUCGACACCGCGCUCAAAUCCUACGCCCGCGAGGGGAGGCUCCCGGUCCUGGGAUCCGAUCUCAACGAUUUCUUGCUGUACUGCCCCACUUCUGGAUCAGAUGCUCUGAGUCCGUGGGACAUGAUCGGGUCGCCCGGAGCUCGGAACUUCCUUCUAUGCAAGAAGCCGAAGACGGACCUGAUGGCCGAUGACAGGAGGUCCCCUGCUGCCACCAUCACGAGGAAGGGCGGUGGAAGCUGGAAGUCGUGGAUCAACAAGUCCUUCAGUCUCAAAGUAUCUUCUCACUGAGGGAUUUAUCUUUUAUUAGGUGAUUGGCCUACUCCUGGUUGUGAGUGGCUUCUUCUACGUUCUAUUGAUGGUCUAAUUGGUUGUGCUGGUCUUGCCAUUUUUGGUAUUUCGUAGAUCCUUGUUACGGUGGUUGAUCAGAAGACUAUUCUCGAUCAAUAAAAUGCUUUGUUGCUUUUGAAUA